AUGCCUGGAGUGCUCACCAAUAUCGCAACUGUCUAUCCUGAUGUCCAAAGCCAAAACAUGGAUGACGCUACGCUCAAGCCGUUAUUUUUCACUAUCAAAUUUGCCGGUACCCUUCCAAAGCAUCUGAUAGAACAGAACAUACCUAUCGAGAUAUCAGUCUCAAUUGCUGAGGAAUAUGGAUGUUUUGCCAUGCCUUUUGUCAAAGCUAUGUCCAUGUCGCCAGCGAUAGACCAGUGGCGAUGCAAUAUUACUGAAAGCGAGUCCAAUUUUUCCGAUAGCAUUGAAUGCAUUCCCUCUCACGAUGAAAUCCUUAUCCCGUUCUUCCCCCUUCCAUCAAUGUUCGACUACAGAAAUCGAAGUGAUUGGGAGAAGCUAUCAAAAGAAAUUGAGAAGUGGCUCGUGCAACUCGAUACUAAGUUGCCACAGUGGAUGUGGGGACGGGAUGCAUUCUGGCUGGCAUUCGUUGCCGCGUUUCCCUUCUUCCCAAGAGGAACGUGGCCAUUGUGGAAUCCCCGCGUACCAUUAGAAGGCGCAUUCAUUGAACAAUGGUUGGAGACGUCGGGUCAUAGUAGCACCACGAUUGGCCAGGAGACUUUGGCGAUCGACUUGGAUGAUGCCGAUAACUUGGGGGAGAUAUGGGAGGCAUUUUGUAGGGAUGCAGCCCUGUUCUAUCCUUAUCCCCUCAUUUCUGCCGACUAA